AUGCCUGAUAGCUUAGAAGAACGAUACAUCAGACUUAAAUCUAUUAGCGGAAAGAAUUUUAAAAUCCCUUCCUGGCGCAUUCUCGCUGGCAUUUUUGUAUCCAUCAAUGUUAACUCCCAAAGCUGGAAUUCGGCUAUCAGUGUUUUACCAUCUGAUGAAUCCUUGGAUGAAUCUUUAGCGUGGGGAGAUACUGCGACUCUAUCAUCACACGCUUCACCUGCGUUAUCAGUGGAAAUGAGAGCGUCCCGUGAGCUUGGUCGAAUGCUAGGCAGCGGAGAAGUCGUCAGGAAGCUUCGAACACCAUCGGAUGGGCUACUCGAUCAUGGUGAUGAGCUAUUUGAUCUAUUCUUCCCACCCAUGUGUGGAGUCCUCACUUCCCUCACACUGAAGACCGCCGUUGUACGUGCUUACGACGAUCAGGACGGUGCAUUCUUUGAUUCCCUCGUAGACUGCGAGAUUACUCGAGACGCGGAUGCGGGCUACGCACUAUUCACCGAAUAUAUGACGACCAAGACGGUCUCUCACCUGCACGAUGCUGUGCAACACUUUCAGUUUGUCCUUGACCGGUAUCCAGUCGACCAUCCUGACCACGCAGAGGCUCUCACCAACUUUGCGUUUACCUGCCUAGAAGGCUAUAUGCAAAAUCAUCUUCAAGACAUUGACACCAUUACUUCCCUCUUCCACCAAGCCCUUGCAUUGCGUCCGCAGGGUCACUCCGAUCACGCAUUAUCCUCCUGUGAUCUCAUUAGAGGAUUUAUAUGGCCCUAUGGCAAGGAGUUUGCCGCCGUCUACAUUCACGAAUCCGCGCAGCUGUGCUGCAAGUUACUGCCUCCCUGUCCAUGGGGCUCCUACCUUCGUAGCAUGCACGUAGACAGUGCGAUCGGUUAUGUGAUCGGCAAUUUUCCAAUUGACACAUCUGAUGAAGGCACCCACCUUCGAUGGAACGUGCUCCAGCUCUGUCCUCUGGAAUAUCAACUCCGUCCCAGAGCCCUUCGUUUGCUCCCAUUAGUAUUAGAAACCCGCUUCCAACAGUGCGGCAGCAUUCAUGACAUCGAUGAGAUUAUACAACUUCGUCGUGAAACUGCGUCUCUGUUCCCAGAAGGACAUUCUGACCAUGAUGACUACUUACACAAUGCGACCUGCUCACUCGAGUCUCGCUUCAAUCACCGAGGCAAAUCCAAUGACCUUGAUGAGGCCAUCUCUUUGGACAUUGAUGACAUCACCCGAGCUAUCAGCCUCCUUCGCGAGGCACGACAUUGCACCCACCUGGGUGACACCACGCUUAACAACCUUGCCCUCGCGCUCAACACCAGAUAUGACAAAUUCAUGUCAGCAAGGAUCUUAACGAGGCCAUUGAUCGGUAUCGCGAAUCCCUUCGAAAACUUCAGACUGGCAUCAGGACACCCUACUCAAGGCUUUCCGAAUCGUAUUCAAACUGCCUUGAAGUGGGUUGCUGAGGCCGAGCAUCAUCAAUACGACUCUGCUCUGGAAGCAUACCAAGCAGCAACCAAAUACAGAAAACUUACGGAGCAGUGGGAAGCUGCGAUGGCUGAGAUUCGUGAUCUUCAAGCUUUCUCGCAAUUUCUGCUCCUACCGUCGUACACAGACUUGCAAGCAGUGGCAGCGCGUCACGGCACGGUCAUCAUCCUCGUUGCAAGAUCGCUUCACCAGGUCAAUAAGACACACGUCUCGGACGAACCCAGCGGAAUCGAGGACGGAUCUAAUAGCACUCUUGCGGACAUAAUGGGACGAAAUGAUGCUACCCAUCGUCAACCUUUCACGUCCAUUCCUCUCCAUGGAGCUAAUCCUUUUCAAACAAAGGCAGAUUGCUCUGGGAAGGAGUCAUGCCUAGAGGAUCUCUACAUCUAUUCUUACACGCCGACACUUUCGCCUCAAAUGAUGAAGGAGCGUAUCACACUAUCCUUCGUGGCGAUCAGACAAGGUCAAUCGGGUGCAGGGAAAGGCAAGGCACUCUUAGCUGUCGACAGCGAGCCACCUGCGACGGCCAAGCGUACCACUAUUUAUGGCGACGCAGCCACAAGAGCAGGUGCACUCCGAGCUCUGGAAGACAACACCUGGGCGCACCUAGCUUGCCAUGGCAAGCAGGACCGUACACAGAUUCACAAUUCCCAUUCCGUCAUGAGAGAUCAACCUCUGACGCUACUUGACAUCAUGGCGAGAGACAUUCCACACACCGAGUUCGGAUUUUUGUCGGCAUGUCAUACCGCCAUCUGCGAUGAGAAGACGCCAGACAAAGUCACUCACCUCGCAGUCAGUCUCCAGUUUUCGGGGUUCAAGAGUGUUGCGCUGGGGGAGGUCGACGAUGAUAUUGUCAAACAUGACGUCGAAGCUUUCUACAAAUAUAUGUUCAAUCCGGAGGUUGAUAUCAUGGAGUGUACGAAGUGUGCACUCGACUGUGCUACACACUUUGUGAAAUACAAAAGUGCCACUCGAACAGAAGAUGGUUUUCAUUCAUAUCGCGACAAAAUGAAUAUCACACGGCUAUGA